UCGUAGGGGUGGGGACUGGGAGGGGCCGCUGCUGAUGUUGUUUACAGUUGCAGGUUGUAAUAUUACCUUUCACGCAGGUAUCAUGGCGGGGACGUCACGACAUGAUCGGGAGAUGGCAGUGAACGCCAAAAAACAGCUGUCUGUGUGCACAGACCCUGUGGAAAGCUUGAGGUUGCAGUGUCUUGCAAGAGGCUCUUCUGGCAUCAAGGGUCUGGGCAGAACGUUCAAGAUAAUGGAUGAUGACAAUAACCGUACAUUAGAUAUGAAGGAGUUUAUCAAGGGCCUUAAUGACUAUGGUGUCCUCAUCGAGAAAGAGGAAGCCGUGGCAAUGUUUCAGCGUUUUGACCGGGACAACAGUGGACUCAUCGACUUCGAUGAAUUUCUCCUCACUCUCAGGCCUCCAAUGUCCAAUGCCAGGAAGGAGGUGAUCACGCAGGCCUUUAGGAAGCUGGAUAAGACUAAUGACGGGGUGAUCACUAUUGAAGAUCUAAGAGGGGUUUACAAUGUCAAGUACCACCCCAAAUAUCAAAACGGGGAAUGGACAGAGGAGCAAGUAUUCCGCAAAUUCCUGGACAGCUUCGACUCUCCUUACGACAAGGAUGGACAGGUGACCAAGGAGGAGUUUCUCAACUACUACUGCGGAGUCAGCGCCUCCAUCGAUAGUGAUGUCUAUUUCAUUCUCAUGAUGAAAAAUGCAUGGAAAUUAUGAGUUUUAAGCUGAUACAUUUAUGAUAAUGAUUUUUAAUGGACAGUUCUUCAAGGUGCUUUCUUAAACUAAUAUUUCGUUAUGGAAAUCACGUUGACAAACUAAUAUUUAUAAUUUUCCAAUGAUAUGCAAAUGGUUAUGAAUGACUUGUUCAUAUUUUGUGCAAUGUUAAAUAUGUAUUUCAGUUAGUCACUCUCUCCACAAGCUAACUAACGACAUCUAGCUAUACAGUGGGGCAAAAAAGUAUUUAGGUAGCCACUAAUUGUGCAAGUUCUCCCACUUAAAAAGAUGAGACGGGCCUGUAAUUUUCAUCAUAGGUACACUUCAACUAUGACAGACAAAAUGAGGGAAAAAAAUCCAGAAAAUCACAUUGUAGGAUUUUGAAUGAAUUUAUUUGCAAAUUAUGGUGGAAAAUAAGUAUUUGGUCACCUACAAACAAGCAAGAUUUCUGGCUCUCACAGACCUGUAACUUCUUCUUUAAGAGGCUCAUCUGUCCUCCACUCGUUACCUGUAUUAUUGGCACCUGUUUGAACUUGUUAUCAGUACAAAAGACACCUGUCCACAACCUCAAACAGUCACACUCCAAACUCCACUAUGGCCAAGACCAAAGAGCUGUCAAAGGACACCAGAAACAAAAUUGUAGACCUGCACCAGGCUGGGAAGACUGAACCAGGUGAACCAGGCUGGGAAGACUGAACCAGGCUGGGAAGACUGGGACUGAACCAGGCUGGGAAGACUGGGACUGAACCAGGCUGGGAAGACUGAAUCUGCAAUAGGUAAGCAGCUUGGUUUGAAGAAAUCAACUGUGGGAGCAAUUAUUAGGAAAUGGAAGACUUACAAGACCACUGAUAAUCUCCCUCGAUCUGGGGCUCCACGCAAGAUCUCACCCCGUGGGGUCAAAAUGAUCACAAGAACGAUGAGCAAAAAUCACAGAACCACACAGGGGGACCUAGUGAAUGACCUGCAGAGAGCUGGGACCAAAGUAACAAAGCCUACCAUCAGUAACACACUACGCCGCCAGGGACUCAUCCUGCAGUGCCAGACGUGUCCAGGUCCGUCUGAAGUUUGCUAGAGAGCAUUUGGAUGAUCCAGAAGAAGAUUGGGAGAAUGUCAUAUGGUCAGAUGAAACCAAAAUAUAACUUUAUUGGUAAAAACUCAACUCAUUGUGUUUGGAGGACAAAGAAUGCUGAGUUGCAUCCAAAGAACACCAUACCUACUGUGAAGCAUGGGGGUGGAAACAUCAUGCUUUGGGGCUGUUUUUCUGCAAAGGGACCAGGAUGACUGAUCUGUGUGAAGGAAAGAAUGAAUGGGGCCAUGUAUCGUGAGAUUUUGAGUGAAAACCUCCUUCCAUCAGCAAGGGCAUUGAAGAUGAAACGUGGCUGGGUCUUUCAGCAUGACAAUGAUCCCAAACACGCCGCCCGGGCAACAAAGGAGUGGCUUCGUAAGAAGCAAUUCAAGGUCCUGGAGUGGCCUAGCCAGUCUCCAGAUCUCAACCCCAUAGAAAAUCUUUGGAGGGAGUUGAAAGUCCGUGUUGCCCAGCAACAGCCCCAAAACAUCACUGCUCUAGAGGAGAUCUGCAUGGAGGAAUGGGCCAAAAUACCAGCAACAGUGUGUGAAAAAAUUGUGAAGACUUACAGAAAACGUUUGACCUCUGUCAUUGAUAACAAAGGGUAUAUAACAAAGUAUUGAGAUAAACUUUUAUUAUUGACCAAAUACUUAUUUUCCACCAUAAUUUGCAAAUAAAUUCAUAAAAAAUCCUACAAUGUGAUUUUCUGGAUUUUUUUUCCUCAUUUUGUCUGUCAUAGUUGAAGUUUACCUAUGAUGAAAAUUACAGACCUCAUCUUUUUUAGUGGGAGAACUUGCACAAUUGGUGGCUGACUAAAUACUUUUUUGCCCCACUGUAUAUGUAUUAUAGGAAACUGUAGUCCACAGUCUGACGCCUCUAUCAGACCGACAGCGUCAUUACAUACCGUUUUGCAUCGCUACCCAACUAAACUGAACGCAUGUAUAUACCAUACCAUGUUAUGCAUUACACAGAACGCACUGCAACUGCCUCUGCAACGCAAUGCUGCAAAGCAAAAGCAGCAUUCCUUUGUAAAUGAAUGUACUUCUGGUGUACCAGAUUGUGAUCGAGGCGUCAAUGUUGGAGUACAACUUUAUAAAGACACAGGAAAACCAUAGAGAUCCCCUUACAUUCAGAUUGGUUGAGCAGAUACAACAUGAAUGAUACAUCAAAGUACAGUCAUUUCAGGGGAUGAGAGCAGAAGAAAUUAUUCUUUUUAUUUAUUUAUUAUGCAUACACAUUUGAUCUGUUUUAAUGAAAUGUUUUAAACAAAAUUCAACAACAGUGAUUUUUAUACAGGAAAUGCUGUCACAUUUGUCAGUAAAAUAUUCAAAUUUUAAAAACUGUAAUACGCUGAAGACUGUCUAAUGCUAUGUCUCCCAUAACGUGUUCAACAAAAUGAUCAAGCAUUCUGCAUUGAAAACGAAUGCAUGAUAGUGCAUAGUAAUAGUAUAAUACAUUCAAAGUAAAAAACUACGUACUGGUAACUGCAGGAAAUACAAUCAUGUAUGUGCAAAAAAGAAGGGAAAAAACGUGACAAACCUUAGACAGAUAAAUUAAUCAAACCUUAUUUCCAUGUUUAUGUAUACAAAUGUGUAGAAGGGUUCAAACCCUGAGGAAUUGAAGGUUUACUUUGCAGCUGUUGUCAUGGUAAAGUAACGAGUAUCUUUGUCAAGGCCAUAAGAAGCAGCAGUGUGUAUUAUAAUAAUAUUAGGCCAGGAUAUCACCGUGGCUCCUCACUAUACUAUCCUCAGUAUAAUAUACAGAAAGGGAAGAAGUGCAAAUGCAAAAAUAAUGUAUAAAUGAGGGAAUGCUUUGUAUUUCAAGUUAGUCAAGUCAAGUUUGCAACUUCCAACAGAUUAAUAACACAAGACCUAAUAAAUGUAAUGAGGAUAAUAAUGA